GGUGGCCUCUGGGAAAGUAAGGGACGGCGCCUGCGCAGUGGGUGUGAUCCGGGCACUUGGGGCAGGAUGAACGCUGCUUUCCAAGAUGGCGACGGAGGGAGGAGGGAAGGAGAUGAACGAGAUUAAGACCCAGUUCACCACCCGGGAAGGUCUUUACAAGCUGCUGCCGCAUUCGGAGUACAGUCGGCCCAACCGGGUGCCCUUCAACUCGCAGGGGUCCAACCCCGUGCGCGUCUCCUUCGUCAACCUUAACGACCAGUCUGGCAACGGCGACCGCCUCUGCUUCAAUGUGGGCCGGGAGCUCUACUUUUACAUCUACAAGGGGGUCCGCAAGGCUGCUGACUUGAGUAAACCGAUAGAUAAAAGGAUAUACAAAGGAACACAGCCUACAUGUCAUGACUUCAACCACCUAACAGCCACAGCAGAAAGUGUCUCCCUACUGGUGGGCUUUUCUGCAGGCCAAGUCCAACUCAUAGACCCAAUCAAAAAAGAAACUAGCAAACUAUUUAAUGAGGAAAGACUAAUAGACAAAUCCAGAGUAACCUGUGUAAAAUGGGUGCCAGGUUCGGAAAACCUUUUCCUAGUAGCUCAUUCCAGUGGUAAUAUGUACUUAUAUAAUGUGGAACACACUUGUGGUACCACAGCUCCACACUACCAGCUACUUAAGCAAGGAGAAAGCUUUGCAGUCCACACUUGCAAGAGCAAGUCCACAAGAAACCCUCUCCUUAAGUGGACAGUGGGAGAAGGUUCCCUGAAUGAGUUUGCUUUUUCCCCAGAUGGGAAGUUCUUAGCAUGUGUGAGCCAAGAUGGCUUUCUCCGGGUAUUUAACUUUGAUUCAGUGGAGUUGCACGGUACAAUGAAAAGCUACUUUGGAGGACUACUAUGUGUUUGUUGGAGCCCAGAUGGAAAAUAUAUUGUAACAGGUGGAGAGGAUGACUUGGUUACAGUUUGGUCUUUUGUGGACUGUCGAGUAAUAGCUAGAGGCCAUGGACAUAAAUCAUGGGUCAGCGUUGUAGCAUUUGAUCCAUAUACCACUAGUGUAGAAGAAAGUGAUCCAAUGGAAUUUAGUGGCAGUGAUGAGGAUUUUCAAGACCUCCUUCAUUUUGGCAGAGAUCGAGCAAAUAGUACGCAAUCUAGGUUAUCAAAAAGGAACUCUACAGAUAGUCGCCCAGUAAGCGUUACAUAUAGGUUUGGCUCAGUGGGCCAAGAUACACAACUCUGUUUAUGGGACCUUACAGAAGACAUUCUUUUUCCCCACCAACCCCUCUCCAGAGCAAGGACACAUACAAAUGUCAUGAAUGCCACAAGUCCACCUGCAGGAAGUGGUGGAACCAACCCAGGAAGCAAUGGAAACAGCAUCACAAUGCCUGGAAAUUCUGUGCCCCCGCCUCUUCCACGGUCCAACAGCCUUCCACACUCUGCAGUCUCAAAUGCCGGCAGUAAAAGCAGUGUCCUGGAUGGUGCCAUUGCUUCUGGUGUCAGCAAAUUCGCAACUCUCUCACUACAUGACCGGAAAGAAAGACACCAUGACAAAGAUCACAAGCGAAAUCAUAGUAUGGGACAUAUAUCUAGCAAGAGUAGUGACAAACUGAACCUAGUUACUAAAACCAAAACGGACCCAGCUAAAACUUUGGGAACUUCUCUGUGCCCCCGAAUGGAAGAUGUUCCCUUAUUAGAGCCUCUUAUCUGUAAAAAGAUAGCACAUGAAAGACUGACUGUAUUAAUUUUUCUUGAAGACUGUAUAGUCACUGCUUGUCAGGAGGGAUUUAUUUGCACAUGGGCAAGGCCUGGUAAAGUGACAUAAUUGAACUGGGCAGCACCUUGGGACCUCCAUCCCUGAAUGCUUCAAUGCAGGAAUUCCAAGCCUACACUCACACAAGUCACCAUCAGAGGUACCACUGAGGUAAGGGAAGGCUAGCAUGGAGAGAAUAACCUUUCAUAAAAAUGAAAUGCCCACUUUACAUUCAUUAUUCAAUUUCAUAAAAUUUCUAAUGAUACUGGGCCCAAACUUGGCAGUUGUUAUAUAAUUCUCUUCUAUUUGUCUCAAGUCCCAAGUUUCUUUGAAAAAGUGGCAAAACCCAAAUUUGUCCCAUCUUGAGAGGUGAAAUGUUUGUUCUUGUGGUUUAAAAUUGUAGCAUUUAUCAGAAACUAUAUGUUUGAAAAGCACACAUCUUCUGUAGUGAAUUCAGCCAACCAAACCAAGUGGCCCAGUUUCUAUUGUGGCCUAUAUCGUAUCAAAAAGGUAUUCUCAGGUACAUUGCUUCUAAGCCUAGGCCUUAAUCAAUCAAUCAAUAAUUACUGUACACAGGUACAGAACUAUAAGUAUGGUUCCCUGAUCAAUUCAAGCUCAGAUAUUCAAGUUGCCACAUUUAUUUUCUUUCCACCAUUUCAGUCACUGACAACCAACCAUGUUUUCAGCUGGCAUAUUGAGUCUAGAAAAGCUGGCUUGUUGUCUUUAAAGUGGUUUUGAACAUCUAUCCUCCCUCCCAGUUCCCCCAAUAGCACUUGUAGUUUAAGGAUCUCUAAUUUCAUUGGUUUAGAUCUUUCCACCAGCAUGUCCCAGAUAUUAACUAUCUUUUUAUUGGAUCUUUAAAAAACUGGUAUAGCCAAAAGAAUCACCACCUUGUAGCCAACCUUAUGAGGACAAUCUUGACUCAGCUGUUCCUCAGUAAAUGCAGUUCACUACUAGACAAUACAAUUCAAAGCUUUCCUAAUUUAGGACCCGGAUUCCACUGCUGUAAUCUUUGAAAACAUAGCAUCAUUCUGGUAGGACUGUGGUAACCUGAAUAAAACUGCCUUGGAAACUCUUAAGAUAAAACGAUCUUGAAAUUGUUUGAAAAGAUUUUAUGAAAUGAGAGGUGACAGUUCACAUCUAAACCACAGGUAAAUUUUUAACCAUAGUAGUUUACAGCAACUAAGGAAGGCAUGGAAGUGAAGAGAUCAUUAAAGUUUGUAAAAAUUUUUGCGAAAAGAUUUGGCAACUUUUUCUUUUCAGGGAUAAGCUUUGGGUAGUAUUAAAGUUAUAAUUUCAAAACUAUUUCUUUAAAUAGCCUUCCAGCAUUGCUAACUAGCUUAUCUUUGCUAAAAAGAAAAGUUUGAAUCUGAGCAAAUAUUUAAUUACCUCAAUGUUUCAUUUGAGAACACAAAAAUUUCUGACAAUAUACUGAAUUUGAAUAGCUCUACUAGGGAUUAGGUUAGGUGUGUGAAGGCAAAGUGGGAAAAUGAGAAUAGCACUGAUCCUGGAAUCCUGGAAGAUCGGGAUUUGAGUCCCAACUCUGCCAUUUGGUGACUUUGUAAAUGUCACUUUAUUGAACUUCAGUUUUCUCUUCUAUAAAAAUGUAGGUAAUAUCCCACCCAUCUUACUAGGCUAAUGUGAAAAAAAGGCACUUUUUAAAAAGUUAGAAAAGACCAAAAAUAUUAUGUGUGGCCUUGGUUAGCGUUAAAGAACUCAGUGAUCAGUCAGUAAACUUGUUUCCUAUCUAUAAACUUUUUGGAAUGGUGAGCUAAAUAAUUUAGUAGAGCUAAAAUUUCUCAUUUGCUGUUUUGGAGAAUUCAGCCUUCUAUGUUCAGUUUAGUUUAUUAGAUAACAUGAAGAACACAAAAGAUAGCAGAAUAUGGCCCUUACCUCAGUGACUUAAAAUCUAGAAGGCAGGAGUAAACCAUGUUCACAAAUUAAAGCACAUUCACUAUUAUCAGGUAAAAGUAAUAAGGAAUGUAAGAGAGAGAAAAAAUGCUACAAUUAGUAAUAAAAAUAGGAUAACUUGGGGAAAGAUGGCCUAACCUAAGUAAUUUGGAUUUUAUUCACUGGCUAUGGGUGAACAUUGAGGUUUACUUAGUUUUUUUUUUUUUUUUUACUCAGAUACUAAGUCUUCCAUGAAGUCUUUCCAUAUCAGGAAAGGGCAUAUCAGCCCAGUUUGAAAGAUUUACUUUGAGUACUUUAUUCCAGUCACACUAUUCUAUGUAUCAUAUGUGUGUUGCGUGUGUAUGUAUAUUUUAUAGCUAAUAUAUAGGUACUAUUAUAGAAACCUUUCUCCAUUACAAUAUAAGCUUAAGAACAAGGACUUGUUUUUCAUUUUUAUGUCUACAAAAGAUGACUUUGCAUGUGAUAGUUUCAUUACAAACAUACUGAAUUGAGAAGAGUGUGAUCAGUAUUUUAAUAUUCAGAUGAUGUAGGAUUUCUUAUGACUUGUCAAAUUUUAUAAAAGCAUGUUUUUGCUUUGGUGGCUAAGCAAAUUAGCUUUUUAACAAUUCUAAAAAAUAUAAACUAUGUAAAAGGGUUACCUUUUUGUACUUAAAUGCAAGAUUUUGAUUUUCUAAAUGGCAUGUUUUAUCAAAUUUUAUAUCAUUUGUUCCAAUCUAAAUGUGAACAAAAUAGAGCAUUUACCCAAAUUGAGAAACGUGGAUUCUGGUUCAGUUCACUUACCCUCUUUGGAUCCCAGUUUUCCCAUCCAUAAAGUGAGGUCGUAGAGCUAGGUAAUAACUGAGGGUCUUAAAUUUAAAUGUUUAGGAUGCUGAGAGUCUUAGAGCACUAAGGCAUCCCGCAUUUCUAAAUAGAAGCAUCCAUCUCCCAAUGUAGUUCAAAUUCAGUUAACCAGAACUCAGAGUUCUUAGUCUACUUUUAGAUAACAGAAUGAGCAUAUAUUUGUUAUAAAGCAUAUUUCAGAAUAAGACUCAUAGCCUGUAUAAAUUCACCCUAAUUUCUUAUGUCCUAUAACUAUAUAAUGUACAUUGAGUAAGUACUUACAAGUAGAAUAGUUGUCCUCAAAGGACAUGCCACAAGUUCUGCUUAAUUGUUUUUAAGUAACUUAAGCAGUUUUAAGCAGUUUAAUUGUUCCUUCCAUAAUCCCCAGUCCCCAACCUUAGCCCCACCCAGCCUGUUCUUUCCAGCUUGUGAAAGGAGGUACCAAGCCACAGACUUACAUUUUGAGUCCUGGGAAGUUCAAGAGGAGGUUUGAGGGGGUGAGAAAGGAGAAAAGCAGAAGAAUCCCAAGAGAUUUCCACUGACUGGCACCUUUUUUUUGCCAACUUAUAUUAAUGUGCCACAGUAGUUUAGAAUGAUAGCCUUGAAAUCCUGCAAGAUCCUUAAUAUACAAGAAAUAUUAGUAGCACCAGAGUUCCACAGGGAUAAAUAAUAUAGCGGAAUGAUCAUUGAGCAAUGAGGUGAUUUUUUUCUACUAUUGUUAUUAAUACAUUUUAGGACACCAUAUGGAUGAGUGUCCUAAUUUAUUUGGGCCUUAUAUUUCUAAUCCCAAACUGAGGAUGUAGGACUGUGGUCUUAGUAUUUUUUACUAAAUCAAGUAUGACUUUUCAAAGAUUUUCAACAAGGAAAUUUUCUGCUUAACUUUCAAUAAAGAGAACAUCUCAUAGUAUUUUGAUUUAAGAUUUUCCUGUAUUUAACAUCUGAAUUUUAAUAGAUCACUUUAGUAUUUUUAAAGAUUGAGAUUUUAUUUUUAAUAGUUUUAAGAUAGUUUUCAACACUUACCCUGCAAAACCUUGUAUUCCAAACUUUUCUCCCUCCCUUCCUCUCAACCCUUCUCCUAGACACUAAGCAAUCCAAUUAAAUCCAGUUAAAUGUGUGCAAUUCUAAACAUAUUUCCACAUUUAUCAGAGCAUUUAUUUUUGAAUGACUCAGAAUCUCCCUUAAGAUACAUUUACAAUUCAUUAUUAAGCUGUACUCAUUACUUUAAUAGCUGUUUGGGGGGUGGGGGGAAUUACUGAAUAGAAAGGGCCUCAAUCAUAGAAUGUUAAAACUGGGAGAAACUUAAAGCAUCAAACCUGACUUACAGGUCGGGAAACUGAGGUCCAGAGAGCUAUUAGUAAGUCAGUACAAGGGACAAAUUGUUAGCUAAAAAAAUGAAGCAAAAUACAUAAAGACAAGUUGCCCUCUGAUCCUGCCCUAAGAUAGAAAUCUUAUAUAAUUUAUAAUUACCAAAUUCUCAUGUAAUAUUUAGCUAAUAAUUAAGUGUGCCUCAAAGUCAAGCCUAUAUUUUCACACACUGCAUAGUUAACUAAAACUACUCUCAAGGACCUUGUUCCAUCAAACUUAUAAAUAUAUAAGCAUAUAUAAUAUAUACAUACAUAUACUUGUGUAUGUUACUGGGUUACUUGACAAAGGUUAGGGAGGCAGGGUCAUUCCCUGGAUCGUUUCCAGGAUCUAGGUCCAAAGCAAGGUAUUCUUUGUGUGUUUCACAUGUAAUAGAUAUGGAAAAUGGUUUCUAAAUAUAUAUUUUUAAAUUUUAAUGUUAUGUACUUUGAUUAAAUUUUUCUUUUCUGCUAAACUAUUUUUACCAAUUCAAUUUUCUUAAGAUUUAACUAACUUGCUGCAGCUCAUUAUUAAUCAACAAGCAUUUAUUAAGAGUCAUCUGUGUUCUAGGCACUGCCCUAAGUGCUGGAGAUAAAAAUACAAAAGAGUUCCUGGCCCAUAAGAACUUGAAUUCUGAAGCUUAAGGGGGAAGUGACUUGCUCAUGAUCACACACUUCUAAGCUUCUGGACUUCUAACUCUGAGGACACAAUGCUUCUCUCCAUAUGCAUGCUGUAGAUCAAAUGACAUUCAUUCUUGUCCAUAUAGAGCCUAACCUGCUUUAUUUACAGUCUUCUCUUCAUUCCCUAGGUUCUAAGCCUAUAUUUCAUUACCUUUCAGGAAUCCAUAUGACGUAACUGAUGUUUGCCAUGAAAAUUACUUUAAACGUGCUCACCAAAAGUUGAAAUGUGUGCUUGAGACAAAUGAUAGGUUGAUAUAUUUUACCACUUUUUCCUACCUGUCUUUAGGGGGAAAUAUAAUCUUGAUAAUCCAUUUUCAGCUUUAUCAUUGAUUUUCACCUUGAAAUCAUGUUAGGGAUUCAGUUUCAACAUCAUGUCUUCAUUUUUUUUUGUUUGUUUUAUUUUCAGCUGACACUUUAAAAUACAUUUAUAUUACUAUAAUUUUGUCAUUUUGAAUUUCUGCUGUUUUAUUCAUUAGGAUUAGUUAUCACACAAAUAGUACUAGUGGUUUUAUCACAAUUUUUCUAUGUACUUUCUUUUCAAUUUAGAAUGUAUGCAUAGAGACACACUUAUAAUUUACAUAAAUUUAUGCUGUAUCACAUAAAGAAAAGUGAAUAAACUCUUUAUAGAAUCUUUUGAGAGAACCUCAAAAGUCAACCUAAACCAAUAACUUGAGCUUAUAUUUUGAAAACUUUCAGUGAAUGGAUACUCUUUGAACAUCGCAGGUUUUGCCAUUUCAUACAUACCAAAAAAAAAAAAAAAAAAAUUAAAGCAAUGAUCGUGUGAGAAUGUUUUCAAGUCAAGUCUGUCUCAUGUCUUACCUUUCUGAACCCGUUUCUGCAUUCAUUAAAUAAAAAAACUGAAAUUUGUA